AUGUUGAUGUUGUUCUAUGACGAUGGUCUGAUUGAUGAUAAUGUAAAUGAUAGUGAGGAUGAUGUAUGUAUGUAUGAGGAACCAGGUAUAGGAGAGGAUGUGAAUGAAAAUGUAGAAGUGGAAGAAGAGGAGGGAUUAGAAGUUGAUACAAAAGGAUAUGGGUCAGAUGGUGAGGAAGUACAAGAAGUAGCAAGAGAUGAUGUUGUUAGGGAUGUGGAGAGGAAUGCGACAUGGAUUUGUGAAUGCCAUAGACAACCAUCUAGGAAGCGUAAAGUUGAUCCUCUCAGGGAAGGAUUGGAGCAAGAUGAGGACAUGGUUGUGAAAAGGAAAACAAAAAAGUGUGGAUGUGGUGUAGAGUUGUAUGCUAGUGUUAACGAGCAAGGGAAUUGGGUGGUUCGGAGGGUGAAGUUGGAACAUCAUGGACACAUUGUGACACCAAGAAAGUCCAAGGAUGUGUCUAUGCAUUGCAAACAUGAGUUGAUGGUUAAAAAUAAACACUUGGUUAAUCAGACAUGUGCUGCCAGGAAGUCUAGGGUGAAGAAAGACUUGGAGAAUGCAGUUGUUGACCAUAAGAAGCUCGAGCUGACAGAGAGUGAUGCAAAUGGUAUGAUCGAAUAUUUUAACAAAAUGAGUGCGGAAAACCAGAACUUUUUCCACCUCUGUAGGUUUGGGAAGGAUGGUGCAUUACAGGAUGUUGUGUGGGUUGAUACUAGGAGUAGAGCUGCGUAUAAGGAGUUUGGUGAUGUUGUUUAUUUCAACAGCACGUACCUUACAAAUAAAUUUCACCUCCCCUUUGCUGUAUUCAUUGGGGUCAAUCAUCAUGGCCAGAGUAUAUUGCUUGGAUAUGCAUUGAUCUCUCCGAAGACUGCUGAGACUUAUGAGUGGGUCAUGUGGACAUGGCUGCAUUAUAUGGGUGGUAAAGCUCCCAUAUCGAUCCUUACCGAUUAA